GUGUGGCUGGUCCUUGGGGGAGCAACCUGGUCGCUGUGGAUGCGCUGAGCCACGAUGCUUGCCUGGGGCAGACAAAUGUGUAUUGGCUUCGCGGGCUACUGCAAACCCUUUUUCAGAGGCCGAUUCCUCGUGAGCUGCGGGGCUCUCCUGGCAACUGGGGACACCCUGCAGCAGACAUGGGAAAUGAGGAAGGACCCAUCCAGGAAACGGGAGCUGAGCCGCACAGCUCGGAUGUUCGCUAUUGGCUGCAGCAUGGGCCCGUUGAUGCAUUACUGGUACCUCUGGUUAGACGGAGCCUUUCCUGCAAGUGGAUUAAAAGGGAUGAAAAUUGUCCUGAAGAAAGUCUUCAUUGACCAGAUAGUAGCAUCUCCAGCCUUGGGAAUCUGGUAUUUUCUAGGGAUGGGGUCGCUGGAGGGGCAGAGGCUGGAGGAAAGCUGGGACGAACUCAGAGAGAAGUUCUGGGAAUUUUACAAGGCAGACUGGUGCGUCUGGCCAGCAGCUCAGCUGAUUAACUUCCUGUUCCUGCCUCCCAAGUAUCGGGUGAUCUACGUGAAUGUGGUGACGUUGGGCUGGGACACGUACCUCUCCUAUCUCAAACACAGGCCCAAGCCGCUGCUCGGUGCCGAGGCUGAGCUGAAGAGCCGCACUGGGGUACGGACUGUGGGCUGACAAGCUGUUCCCUGCUUGGUUUCCAUCUGUUCCUGCGAGACGCCCAUCACGUACAGAUUCCAGCUUUGUUCCUGGGGGAGGAAGCUGGCUCCCACGCAGACCUGAAAAAAUAGCUUGAUCAAGUGACCAAAAUUCGUCCUGGAGACAAAUCACUCCCCUUGUCCUGUGAUUGACUUGUCCUGAGGAUCGUGGAAGAGAAAUGCAGGGGAGAGGUCUGCGUCUCUCUGCCGUAGCAUUUCACUUGCCAACCGCAAACCCAAUGACUUUUUUAAAUGAAGAAUCACGUGGCGGCAGACUGCCUAAUAGGAAUGACAUUCCUCUUCGCAUCUGCAACUAGGUGUCAGAGUGAGCAGAGCGCCUUAAAAUAAUCCCAUGACUUGGAGCCAAUUUAAUUUAUUCUCCCUGUGUGUUCUAGCUGCGUUGCGCUAGAAACGAGGCUGUGCCUAAAUGUCACUUUAUAAAAAAUUAAAUGAGAUCUCGAUGAUGCAGCUUGUCUCUUGAAACAGGACCUGCGUCCUAGCAUGGGCAUGUAAAACUCCCCCCCAGGGGGAAGGAGGCUGCUCACUUAAAACAGGAGCCAUGGGGGUGCUAAUGAAGAAACCAGAUACUCCGCCUUCUUUGCAGCCAGCGUUAGUGGUCGCAAACACCUGUUCUAGCUCAGCUUCAGCCUAACCUGGCUGCCGCGCUCACACAUCAGUAGUCUAAGAGGUUCCUCGGGCUUGAGGAGGGACCUAGACCAGCCAGACCCAGUUUUGUGCCAAAAGUUCAGGCUUUAGAGCAGACAGCAAAGGAGUAGAUGAGGCCCCUUCCCACCCCAGACUAGACUGAGCACAGCAGCAGCUCUUUGGCCUAGCAGAGCAAACGGCAGGUCCAGGACAGGUGCACGGGUCUUGCACAUGGACACCUCUGCUUUAAGACUAGCUCUUAUCUCCUCUCUGAGUUGGUGGUUCUCCCCCUCCCCCCCACCUGGCUGCCGAAAAGGAGCCCGAACGACUUUGUGAUCAGCAUUUAUUUAUUUCUUCACAACAGCUCUUGAAUACAGUGAUCUUUAGGAAACUGGACUUUGACACUUUUGACAUUUUUACAGUACAGCAGAGGGUUUGGUUUUUUCCAUAUAAGUCAACGUCACAAAAACCAGAGGUCGGAGGUGUGUGUGUCUGUGUCUGUGUGUUUAGGGAGCUGUAAACAAAAGAGUGUUCUCCAAGAAAAAAAUAAAUAGAGGGAAGCAACGCGCCAGGUUUGGUCAUUGAUAGAAUUCUAUCUAUGGCUUCACAGUCUCCACAAUAAGCACAUUACUAUAGUAACAGACAAGGAGCCACGAGGCCUGUAACAAACUAGCUCCAUUCGGUUAACCCCACCCCCAGCCCGGCAUGGGUCAGCGGUUCUGGGGUUGUUUCCUUGCUUGACCCAAGCCGUUCACAUUUUUCCAGGGGUCAGUCGCCGCCGCCUUGGGGCUAGUUUGGCAUUGCCCAUGGCCCUUGCUCAGCUUGGUUUUUAAAUAAUAGAUUUAAAAGUGAUAUUCACAAGCAGGCUAAUACCACACUGCUAAAAUAAAUACAUCCGCACAACCACAGCACGGCACACGAGGGGCACUGGCUACUUCUAUUUACAGGAAGGUUGUUUCUAUGUACAAGGAGGAAGACAAGCAGGAGCAUAAAUUAGCAUCUAUUUAUACAAUAAACAAGAGUCAGGAACGAGCCAUCCCUGGUGGGGAGAGUGGCGCAACAAAGGCCAAGCGGCUCGCCAGCCAGCCGGCGCUAGCAGCGGGCUCGGCUCCUCUGUGCUAGCAAGGAG